GCAUGCACCGCGUUGCACUACGCAUGACAAUCAGGCACCUGGCUCCACUGUGCUGAGUGUUGAGAGGCAGAGAGGCAGUUGCCAUGGAGCCCGCCUGGCGACAGCAGGGCCGCGGGCGAGGCCGGAGUCAGGAGGCUCAGGUUGAAAGGUCACGACCCCUGCAGAAGGAGAGAGAGAGGCCAGGCACUGCUACGGGAAGAGGAGUCAGGACAAAGACGGGUUCUGCGCCUGAGCCUCCGCAUGGUUUGGCUGUCCAAUCCAAGUUUGAGGAGAUCAGGAAAUCCAACCAGGCUGCUGCUCAGCGAUUGGUCGAGAGCCACUUCAGCUCCUCCUCCUCUGAUGAAGACGACAACAGCAUCGAUGAUGGAGACCACAAGGAAGGAAAGAGAGGGAAGAUCCUGGCGUCCACCUUCACCACCUACACCAACCAGACAGGUGGGGAUGCCACUGGCCUGCAGAGGACCGGUCAGUAUGUCAGCGACCUGUUUCAGUCCGGAGCGCUCACCUGUCUGAUCUGCAUCGCCUCGGUGAAGAGGACACAGGCGGUGUGGAGCUGCUCCAGCUGUUUCUCCCUCUUCCACCUGCCCUGUAUCCAGAAGUGGGCCAAAGACUCGGUCUUCCUCGUCUCCUCAGUCACUGAUGAAGACUUUGGUCAGAAGCAGCACCCAUGGCCCUGUCCAAAGUGCCGUGCAGAGUAUCCACCCAGUGCCACCCCCAACAGGUACACGUGUUACUGUGGGAAGCUUCAGGAUCCUCCAGCUGAUCCGUGGCUGGUUCCUCACUCGUGCGGCUCCAUCUGUCAGAAGGAGCUCAAACCUGCCUGUGGACACUCCUGCCUGCUGCUCUGUCACCCCGGCCCCUGCCCGCCGUGUCCAAAGAUGGUGUCGGUGUCUUGUAUGUGUGGCAAAGCACAACCCCUCCCCCGUCGCUGUAGCAACAAGGCCUGGUCGUGUCAGCAGCCGUGUGGAAAGUUGUUGCUCUGCAAACAGCACACCUGUUCACAGCCGUGUCACACAGAGUGUGCGCCCUGUCCCAGAGUCAGCGUUCAGAAGUGUGUGUGCGGCAGAGAGAAGUCAGAGAGGCCCUGCGCCAGCCCCCGCUGGACCUGCCAGCAGGUGUGCGGUGCUCCCCUCUCCUGUGGGAACCACACUUGUGAGGAGGUGUGCUGUGAUGGCGACUGUCCUCCAUGUCCUCGCUCCAUCAGCAGGACGUGUCCAUGCGGAAAGACCAAGUCAUCUCUGCCGUGUACAGAGGAAGUGCAGCCAUGCGGCGACACGUGCGAUCGCCGUCUGGCGUGUUUGAAGCACACCUGUUCCAUGAGGUGUCACCGAGGGAGCUGCGAAACCUGCCGACAGGAGGUGGAGAAGGAGUGCAGGUGUGGCCGAUACAGGAAGCAGAUGCCGUGUCAUAAAGAAUACCUGUGCGACUCCAAGUGUCCCAAAACCAGGAACUGUCAGAGACACCAGUGCAGGAGGAAGUGUUGCCCCGGUAACUGCCCCCCCUGCGAUCAAAGCUGCGGCCGAACCCUGGGCUGUCGGAACCACAAGUGUCCCUCAGUCUGUCACCAAGGCAGCUGUUAUCCAUGUCCAGAGUCGGUGGAGGUCCGGUGUACGUGUGGCUCGACAGUCCUUGUCGUCCCUUGUGGCCGCGAGAGGACCACCAAACCACCUCGCUGCAAGGAGGCCUGCAGGUGUCCUCCGUCCUGCCACCACCCGACCCGAGAGGCUCACCGCUGCCACCCCGGCACCUGCCCCCCCUGCAAGCAGCCCUGCCUGCUGCCGCUGCCCGGCUGCAGCCACACCUGCCCGCAGCCCUGCCACGACGUGGUGCUGGUCAAGUCCCAGCAGGUUCACUUAGCCGGACCGUGGGAGCAGCCGUCUGAACCCGCGUUUGUCAAGAAGGCUCUGCCCUGCCCGCCAUGCCAAGUACCCAUACCGACGGCCUGUUUUGGAGAACACGAGGUCAGCCCGGUGCCGUGUCAUCGUCAGGGUCGUUUCUCCUGCAAGCGACCCUGCGGACGACCUCUGACCUGCGGCAACCACUCCUGCAGCAGAGAGUGUCAUCUGGUUAACAGCGGCAAUCCAUGUGAGGUGUGUGAGGAGGGCUGCUCUAAGCCUCGCCCAUCCGGCUGCCCUCACUCCUGCCCCCGCCCCUGUCACCCAGGUGCCUGCCCCCCCUGCAGCCAGAUGAUCCGCCAGCGGUGCCACUGCAAGAUCAGCCUGCUCUACGUGGAGUGCACGAAGCUGACCGCAGCCGAUGAGCAGACCAAGGAGGCCCUGAGCUCCUGCAACAACCAGUGUCCCAAAGAGCUGAGCUGUGGCCAUCGCUGUAAGCAGGUGUGCCAUCCAGGUGUGUGUGAGGAGACGUGUCAGCAGAAGGUGAAGCUCCGGUGUCCCUGCAAGAGAAUCAAGAAGGAGGUGCUGUGCUCGCUGUCGUCUCAGUUUGCUGUUGAGUGUGACGACAUCUGCAGAGAACAGCAGAAGAAAGUCAGCCAGCUGAAGGAGGCGGAGCAAAAAGCGGCUCAGGAGGAGGAGCAGAGAAAGCUUCAGGAGGAGCUGGAGGCGUUCGAGAAGCGGCAGCAGCGAGGAGGGCGGAGGAACAAGAAGCGGGGUAGAAGGGAGGAUGUGGACGACGAGCGCUCAAAGGCGGCAAGGUGGUGGAGGAGGUGUGCUGCCUUUGUCCUUGUCCCGCUGGGCGGCGCGCUGCUGUCUGCCGCCACCUACUACUACCUGCAGGAGUCGGCCUGAGCAGACGGCGGUGUGCGAGCUUCUGUUUCCUGCCGCCAUUCAGACGCUCGCUGCGACUCUUCCCUUGCGAACCUUGUGUUAACCAUAGCAGCAGUGGCUUUAGGUUAGGUUGGAUGGUUAGAACUUUCAACACAACGCUGCCUCAUGUUUCAGAACAAAAGGAAGUUUCUCCUUUUUCAUUCAGUGAAAGGUUUGAUUAUUGUUUUUUGGUCUAAACAGAUGAAAGCGGUGAAAAAAAUCGUUAAAGUAGCUGCUUUGUUAAGUUUGACCGUUUUAAAUUGUUGUGAAAGAUGAGCUACGUGUGGUCCUUUGUCACUCCGUUACAUAAAGUAAGACUUUGUGACUCUGGAAUAAUCUGAUGUGGCACAGUGACCAUGGUAACAGGCAUGACUGACUAAGUCUGAUCAAAACUUAUGGGAAAGUGAUUUUCCCCUCUGCUACCUACCAAAUAUCUCAAUUAUGUGAAAAAAGGUCAAAUUAUUUGGCCUGAUCCUGAUCCAGUGGUUCCCAAACUAAGCAGCACUGCAGUUUAACUAAUGUACCUUGAGGUUCCAGUGAGCCAGUCCCUUGUUAAUUUGUCCAACAUUACAGAAAUAAAUAUGUUUACAAUCUGAUAUAAAAAUAGUUUUGGGCUCUAUAGCUAAUUUCCCCCUUCAUAACACAUGUACAAAAAUGCUGUAACCAACAAGGUCAUUGAGAAUAUCAAAAACCUGAAAGGGGCGUCACUGUGUUUGUGGAGUUCCACAUGGCUCUAUCAUUGAUCCUCUACUUUUUAUUCUGAUUUAAAUUAUAUUCUUGUUUUUCAAAGUAUCCUGUCUUUACCCCUUCAUCACAACCGUAAGGUUGUUGGCUCUUACUAUGUGUCACCUGUUUAAAGGCUUAAAGUUUGCAUUAGUGGGGGCGCGGUCUCUGUGAAUGACAGAUGGCAAUAGCUGCCAGCUCAACUGGACCUCUAGGCUGUGUUUAUGCUGUUGGAGCCUUUGGAGACUGGGUCUGUUUAGUGGUGGUGGUUUAACUGGGCCAGAAAUAAAGAUUUGGGAACCACUGGGUUUGUCUACUUUCAUCAUCAGUUUCAUGCACACUGACAUGGAGCAUAGUGUUAGAUCAGGCAGGCCAUGAAGUCAGCUCAUGCCUUUCUACACAUCAAUGUAGGGCGAUAUUUAAACUGGUUUAGUCUGCAUACAUUAGCUUCUGUGUCUAGAAGCUGCUUUGUGCCCACCUGCAGACCAGCUCCUGCUGUCCUGCUGGGUGUCUUCACUGAUGUGUGUGCAUGCCUGCACAGAAAGCAUGCACACUUGAAACUGAGGUUGUAGUAGAGAGACUGAUGCUGCAACAACAACACAUCCUAAUGAUUCCUGUUUUCAUCCUGGUAAACCUCUAAUCGACCUUUAAUAUUCUCCAUAAUUGUUUUUUAAUGUGUUUCAAGUUCAAAUUGAAAAUAAGAGAUGAACAUUUUGACGCCGCAGCAACACUUAAGUUGUAGUUAUUGAUAUCUUUGGUUCCCUUUAAAUGCUUUUCCUCAUUAAUGUAACUUCAUUAUUCUCCCUAAUGUGUAAUCUUUAUGUUUGUGUAAGUUUAAAUUACAAAAUGAACAACAGGAAGUUUCUGACUGGAAAAAUCUGAAAUAAAUCUCCUAGAGUCAUUUUUGUGAGGAAUCCAUCAGAUACUGGAACUCAACUGUCUAAUAUUUAUCCUGAAAUGUUUAAAUUGUUUUGAUUUUGAUUUAAAGUUUCUUUUCUUUCAUAUUUUUCAUUCUUUUUUC